UGUUACUGUGAAGAUCACGUACAAUACACAUCACUGUGUUUGUCAGUAAAGGAGAAACAUCUGACAAAUUCAGUUGCGCAGAACGAUGUCUGACAACAACCAAACCUCAGACCUUCCUGAUGCACACGGAGACGCAGAUAAUGCUGAUAUAGGGAAAGCUCAGAGAAAAGAAGAUCUGUGUAUGAAGCGUCAGCUGGGACCAACAGAUGAAGAAACCAGUGACAGUAUCAGCUCAGGCCGUACUGAUGUGACAUCUUCAGAUGGCUCAGCGGUUGAGCAUGAAGAAGAACUGAAUGUAUAUGAUCAGUUGAAUUCUGAGGAGGAUGAAGUUCCUAUAAAUACGACUACAGGUAGCUUCACAAACUGCAGUGCUGAUGCUUCUUUCAGUCUUCAAAAUCAAAGAAGCCACGUUGGAAAUGUAUGUUCUGAAUGUGGGAAAUGUUUUACUGUGAAAUCAUCUCUUAUUAGGCAUCAGAAAAUGCAUACAGGGGAGAAAGCAUUUUCAUGUUCUGACUGUGAGAAAUGUUUUACUCUGAAAUCCCAUUUUAUUGCGCAUCAGAAAAUUCAUACAAGAGAGAGAGGAUUUUUAUGUUCUGAAUGUGAAAAAUGUUUUACCAAAAAAUCAUCUCUUAAUAGGCAUCAGAAAAUUCAUAAAGGGGAGAAAGAGUUUUUGUGUUCUGAAUGUGAAAAAAGUUUUACUUCAAAAUCUUCUCUUAUUAGGCAUCAGAAAAUUCAUGCAGGGGAGAAAGACUUUUUGUGUUCUGAAUGUGGGAAAUGUUUUACUUUGAAAUCAACUCUUGAUAAUCAUAUGAAAAUUCAUACAGGGGAGAAAGAAUUUUCGUGUUCUAAAUGUAGGAAAUGUUUUACUCAGCAAUCAACCCUUAGAAAUCAUCAGAGAGUUCAUAUUAAAGAAAAUCAGAGCUUAACCUCUGAAGCGCAGAGGCCAACACAUAGUUGUCAUUCACUCUAAGUCUAGAAUGCUGAUGAUGACUACAUGUUGUCCUCUGGGGAGGGCACACUUUGGUGGCUGUUUGAUGCCCCCUCUGCACCUUAAGCAGUUACAAAGUGGCCUAGUGUGUUUGUCAUACAUGGGGAAUUCAGGGUCCUUAUAUCGGUUUAAAUAGCCAAUUGAUCACUUGGUGUAAAUAAAAUGUACAUUUACUGGAGUAGAGGUACAUGGAAGGGAGUCCCCCCCAUGCAGAUCAAAGUUAGGUAAAUAUACCCAUAGCUAUAUGUUGAUAAACCCUUUUUUUUAAUGUAGGUACUGUUUGCAGCAUUAUAGUCAGGUGAUCACAGAGGCAACAGCAUUUCCCUCGCUGGAAUUGAAAUUGACCUGGUGUAUAAGUUACAGAGUGAGAGCCCCUACAUUAACAUCAAAAGUGGAAGAGGCCUCCGAAUGAUGGCCAAAUCUUUCCUGAUGAAAUUUUAUGAAGUUUUAUUAUACAACACACAUAGAUGAAAGUACCAUUUUUAACUCCAGAAAAUCAACGUAAGCCCUGAAUAAAGCAAAGUACAAAAAAAGGGGAAUUAAAUUUUUUUCCAUAAACUCUGCAUUAAUAUUAACACACCGUGAAUUUCACAAAAUACUAAUUACAACUAACAUUAAACAAUAA